GACAGCGAGCAUGCCACCAACAAGAAGGACAAGCUGGACGUUCAAAGCGCCAAUGCUGCCGAGGGCCAAAAGUCCAAGAGCCGUGACGAGGGCGGUACCGCCACUCAGCGCAGAGAUUCCAACAACAGCACCGCAAAGGCUAAGCAGGAGAACCCCGAAUCGCCAGACGUUGUCAUCGGAAUGCAGGAUGAGAGAGGCGGAAAGGGC